AUGCUGCGGCAGCGUUGCGGGCGGCUCCUGGCCCGGCUGGAGCGCGGGCUGCAGCUCCUGGAGCUCGGCGGCAGCGUGGAGGAAGACUGCAUCCGGAUCGCUCGGUGCUUUGAGGCGACGCGCCAGAGAUGCUGCCGGCUGGAGCAGGACGGGCGCCGUGCCCGCGAGCAGCUGGCCCGUGUGGAGGCCGAGCGGGCAGCGCUGGAGGUGAAGCUCAAGCACGCCCGAAACCAGGUGGAGGUGGAGAUGAAGAAGCGGCACCGGGCAGAGGCUGAGCUGGAGAAGCAGGAGCGAAAACUUCAGCUGGUCCUCGAGUUGCUGAUGCGGGAGCCAUGGGGCAGCGAGGCACUGAGCAGGGAGCAGUGCUCUGUUCUCAGCGCCCUGGCUGGCCGGCGCCUUGGGGCAGCCUUGGCACCCGGCAGGAGGUCAUCAGCAGUGGACGAGUCAUGCCAGUCCCUCCUGUCCCACUCAGAUAUCAGCUAUGACCGCACUGAGGAUGAUGUGGAUGUUGAUGUGACACUGGUGCGGACCCUGAAGCGCAAAGCUCCGGACAGGCAGCGUGUGUCCCUGGCCCCUCAGGUUGGCCCUGUGGUGAUGGCAAAGCGGCACCGUUCUUCUGUGGUACCCCAUAAUGCCAUGAGUGUCCCCUCUAUGCCCCCUCCUGCUGAGGUCCCAGGCCCUGCUGACAACCUCCUGCCUGCUGUUCUGGUGCCUCAACGCCGCUCUCGCCAGGGACAUCGUGUCUCUGCACAUGCAGAGCUGACCACAGUUUGGGGCACCAGUGAAGAUCCGGGUUCCCGUGCUGCGGGGCAGGAAAGCCACACUGAGGGCAGCUCAGUGGGACAGCCAGCACCAGCCCCCUUCCCCUCACCCCCACGGAGUCUCCCAGCAGUCCAGCACAAGUUCACCUCCAAAACGGUGAUCCGCCCUGAGCCGUGUGGUGUCUGUGGUUCCCGCAUCCGCUUUGGGAAGACUGCCAUCAAGUGCUGCCAGUGCCAGCUGCUGCUGCACACCAAGUGUCGGGAGCAGUGCCCCAGCCUCUGCACGCCCAGGCCUCAGCACCACACCUGGCCCCAGGAGGGUGUGCUGGCUGACUUCGCGCCCUCCACGCUGCCCCUGGUGCCCACGCUGGUGGUGCAGUGUGUGACCGAGGUGGAGAAACGAGGCUUGACAGAGACAGGGCUGUACCGGGUGCCAGGCGCCGAGCAGCUGGUGCGGGAGUGGAAGCAGAAGCUGCUGCGGGCCGGGGGAGCGCUGCCUGCCCUCAGCACUGUGACUGACAUCCACGUGGUGUGCGGGGUGCUCAAGGACUUUCUGCGGGGACUCAAGGAACCGCUGGUCACCUUCAGCCUCCGCCCUGCCUUCCUGAAGGCUGCUGACAUCCCCGAUGAUGCUGCCAGUGACACAGCCCUGCGCCAUGUGGUGAGCAAGCUGCCCCCACCCAACAGGGAUACCCUGGCCUUCCUCAUGCUGCACCUGCUCAGGGUGUCACACAGCCCUGACUGCAAGAUGGAUGUGCUCAACCUGUCCCGUGUGUUUGGCCCUACACUGGUGGGAUACAGCUCAGCCAACCCCACACCACUCGCCAUCAUGGAGGACACACCUCGGCAGUGCAAGGUGGUGGCUCGACUCCUUUCACUGCCACCCAGCUUCUGGAGAGGCUUUGUGGAGACAGAGCAGGAGAACCUGGUGCCAGUGGCAGUCCUGGGAGGUGAACGUGGACCCUUCUUCCAGCCCGUUGGCUCUCCGGAGCGCAAGUCGGACCAGCUGAGCCCAGCUGGCACCUGCUGCCUCCCCAGCACCCUGAGGAGCUGCGUGGGCAAGGCCAGCCGGCCCCCGUGA